AUGACAGACUCAACAGUAGAGGAGGAUGCCGCCAACAUUUCACAACAGCUCGCCGCAGAAAUUCUAGAAGAGGACGACACGCGGGUGAUCACAAAAGCUGUACGCGAGAGUCACGACUUGUGUUCAAUCCCACCAACCCCGGCGUGUAGUCUGGAACCACAUUCUCCUCUUCAGAAUCCAGUUCACCGCCGCCCACUAUUCAGCUCGAUGCGUGAAGCUCUCGAGAGCUCUGGACAAGUAAAGGAAGAGCCGGGUGGAUACAUCAUCAAGAGGCGAAAUGGGCGCCAGAAAACACCAUUUCGCUUUGGUGAAAGCGGAAGAAAAUUAAAAAGCAGCGCAAACAGACAAAAUGAACAGCAGCCGAAAUGCCAAAGCAACAAUGUUCCUCAAAAUUCAGCAGUAGACGAUGCAGACGCUGCCGGCUAUACAAUCAUAAGGCGACGGUCGUCAUGCGAUGAAAAUUUUUUAUACAAUUCAGCCAGUGCUGUGAACUUUCAAUCAACCAGCAGACAAGGUAUACAGGCUAUAAAGUCAGCUGGCGGUAACAAAAAGCUGUCCCAGCGACCGCGACGGGGCAGCAUGUCUGCACUGUCACAGAGCAGCAGCUUACUGGCCUCCAUUUCACCAGCGCCUUCAACAAGCGUACCCCCUGGGUUUCAACCUCGCUCAGCUGCCUCGCAAGUAGUAAUUCAACCGCCUUCUGGGUUAACUCCUGCAGCGUCUGGAUGGGUCACCAAGGCUGCUGCAUCUGGGGAGCCCACCAAAAAGAUUCAAGAACCCCCCGUCGAGGCGCUAUGGCCCGAAGUGAAGUCGACCGCUGCAGUUGACAAAACCGACACUGGCUGGGACGUCGCCAAGCCAGUAAGUGACUCGCAUUUGCAGCAAUGGGCAGUGAGCACAAGCACUUCAUCCUCGCCAUUGCAAGUUGAUGUGUCGGAUGAUGAUGACCUACUUGUGCGACUUGGAGUUACAUUUUAA